AUGGCGGCGCCCAUGUUGCGGUGCUUUUCUCGGGGCCGGAGGUCUGGUCCCCCUAGCCUCUCGGGUUUCUUGCCCCUGGAGCUGCGCAGGGCCCACUCAGGCGCUCAGGGGAUCCUGGCGGCGCAGAAAGCUAGGGGUCUGUUCAAGGACUUCUUCCCGGAGAGGGGUACGAAAGUAGAGCUCCCAGAGCUCUUCGACCGUGGUUCGGCGGGCUACACUCCCCAGACCAUUUACUGCGGCUUUGACCCCACGGAGGACUCGCUUCACGUGGGGCACUUGUUGGCGCUGCAGGGCCUGUUCCACUUCCAGCGAGCCGGCCAUAAUGUGAUCGCGCUCGUGGGUGCCACAGCGCGCCUGGGAGACCCGAGCGGCCGCACCAAGGAGCGCGAAGCACUGGACGCGGGGCGCGUGCGGGCCAACGCGCGUGCGCUGCACCGGGGGCUCGAGUCCCUGGCGGCCAACCACCAGCAGCUGUUCGCCGACGGGCGGGCCUGGGGCAGCUUCACCGUGCUGGACAACUCGGCGUGGUACCAGCAGCAGCACCUGGUGGACUUCCUGGCGGCCGUGGGUGGCCACUUCCGCAUGGGCACGCUGCUGAGCCGCCUGAGCGUGCAGACGCGGCUCAAGAGCGCAGAGGGCAUGAGCCUGGCAGAGUUCUUUUACCAGGUGCUCCAGGCUUACGACUUCUAUCACCUGUUCCAGCAUUAUAGGUGCCGGGUCCAGCUGGGCGGGUCUGAUCAGCUGGGCAACAUCAUGUCUGGAUAUGAGUUCAUCCACAAAGCUGCUGGAGAAGACGUUUUUGGAAUCACUGUCCCUCUAAUUACAAGUACAACUGGAGCAAAGCUGGGAAAGUGCGGCAAUGCUGUAUGGCUAAACAGAGACAGAACGUCUCCAUUUGAAUUGUAUCAAUUCUUUGUCAGACAGCAAGAUGAUUCUGUGGAAAGGUACCUGAAGCUCUUCACUUUUCUGCCCCUUCCCGAGAUUGAUCACAUUAUGCAGCUGCAUAGUAAAGAACCAGAAAAGCGGGGUCCUCAGAAACGACUUGCUGCAGAAGUGACAAAGCUUGUUCAUGGCCGAGAAGGGCUGGAUUCUGCUAAGAGGUGCACACAAGCCCUUUAUCAUAGUAGCAUAGACGCUCUGGAGGUCAUGUCUGAUCAAGAGUUAAAAGAGUUGUUUAAAGAGGCUGCAUUUUCUGAAUUAGUUCUUGAUCCUGGAACAAGUGUCCUAGAUACGUGUCGCAAAGCCAAUGCCAUUCCAGAUGGUCCCCGAGGGUAUCGGAUGAUAACAGAAGGCGGAGUCAGUAUAAAUCACAGACCAGUAACAAAUCCUGAGAGUGUUUUAGUUGUUGGACAACAUAUUCUCAAGAAUGGACUUUCCUUACUUAAAAUAGGUAAAAGGAAUUUCUACAUUAUAAAAUGGCUUCAGUUAUGAAAAAUUCUUUUGGUUGUUCAAACAAACUUACCCAUUAUUCAUUCUCAAAAUAUGAAAAGUUGACUUCAGAAUGAAAACAGAGACUGGAGAAUACAGUAGGCCUCACAAUGUGAGUAACUUAUUUUUAUGGGUUUGUUAAUAAACAUAUUUAUUUGAUGAUGUUUUAUUUCCUGGCCCAGACAUUUACUACCAUAGAAAACCAUGAUUUCCAGGAUAAAUCUCUUAAAAAUUCUAUUUCAUGAAAGAACAAAGGUGUUUUUUCUGUCCUACCCUUCUUGGUUCUCCUUGUUGGAGUGAUGAGGAAGAACAUUGAAAAAAAGACAGCAAUAGGAAUUGUGGAUACUUAGUACAUGCACCGACUUCACUAGUGUUAGAGUUCUUAUAAAACUAGUUGUUUCGUAUCAGAAACGGGAAAUCUAUUAGAAUGUGUUUG